GUUGUAGACUUUCGCGCUCGUCCUUUCCGUGACGAGCCCACCUCAAUGCACGGGGUCGGUGGUUGCGCGCCCGUGCUGCUGCUACCACUAUUUUUAGUAUCCUUUCGACUCACGACCAGCUCAGUCACCGCCGAACGGCAAUCCAGCGAGGCGCGCGCCUCAUUGCUACUAAAACCCACACACACACACACACACAAAUACAUACACAAUCACACACACAUACUGUUUAGAAAUAAUAGCGCUGCAGAGUAUGUGCACCGGGCGCCGUGUUCAGCCGCUUAGCCGCCUACCUCGAUUGGUUACGCGCAGCGUGCGAAUGGUGCAGUGCGAAAGUGUACCACUGUCGGUCGCAGCAGUGUAGAAGACGACGGAAUCUGUUUCGGGAGCCGCGCGCGCUACCUUCAGGCGAUGCACAUUCGGAUACGCUAGCAGCAGCACCUGCGGUCCUGUUUGCCUGCCACAGCGGACAGCGGUCGGUGGACAACCAGGACUGUUCGUUCCACAAGGUUGGAGUAGGGUUCGCCCCAAGUUCGAGGUGUGUGAAAAGGAGUGAAAUUUCCAGCACAAAACUGCCAAAUCAGUUCAGUGAAGUAAGCAAGCAAGCAAGCAAGCAAGGCCCUGUGGGGGGAAAAGGACCAUGAUCAACCGUAGCAGCCACAGCAAACCGAAGCCGAUCGUGCAGAAGAAGAGCACCGCCAGAAGCAGCGACGAUGGCAGCGAGGACUCGAACGAGGACACCUCGUCCGGUACGGCCGAGUCGGGCACCAGCUCGGACUCGGAGUCGGAGAUGGACACUACCGAGACGUCCUUCUCGUCCAAGAGUGCUACCGAGUGUGGCAACACCGGUGGUGGCAAUGGCCCGUCCUGCAAGGGCCAGCUCCAAGGCCAGCAGGGGCUGCUGCGGAUGAACAAUCGCAACUACGCGGUGUACUGCGGCGGCGAAGCGGAUACGAAAAAUUCCAAACACUUUUGCAAUCAUCACCACCAUCACCAUCAUCAUCACGGCGAUGAGGAGAGCAAGAAGGAAGUGAACUGUUGUAGAAGUGCUGCUCUCGACCAAAAUGCGCGCCUUGUACAUAGGCUCAAGAAAGCGAAGAAAACACUACCGAUCAGUAUUUGUAUACUAAACUGCCGCUACGACAUUAUCACGCGCGUGUGCAAACGGCUCGGCUAUCGGCUGGUCGGCGAGUCCGACCUGUGGAACGUCUGCUGGACGGAUUCGUUCGUGGGCGUCGACUUCUGCCGCGACAUGCGACGGUUCCAGAAGGUGAACCACUUCCCCGGGAUGUUCGAGAUCUGCCGCAAGGAUCUGCUGGCCCGCAAUCUGAACCGGAUGCUGAAGCUGUUCCCGCUGGACUAUCAGAUCUUCCCCAAAACGUGGUGCUUUCCGGCCGACUUGGGUGAUGCCGUCGCUUACAGCCGAACGCAUCGCAGCAAAACGUUUAUACUCAAACCGGACCAGGGUUCGCAGGGGAAGGGCAUCUUUUUGACGAAAAACCUGAAAGAGAUCAAUCCGAAGGAUCGCAUGAUCUGCCAGGUGUACAUCACGAAACCGCUGCUGAUCGACGGGUACAAGUUUGAUCUGCGCGUCUACACGCUGAUCACCUCGACGGAUCCGUUGCGCAUUUUUGUCUACAACGAAGGAUUGGCUAGAUUUGCCACGAACAAGUACAAGGAACCGUGCGUUACGAACGCGUCCAACACGUUCAUGCACCUGACCAACUACUCGGUGAACAAGUACAGCCGGACGUUCUCGAACGACGAUGAGGCCGGCUCGAAGCGACGCUUCUCCACGCUCAAUCGCAUCCUGACCUCGGAAGGCUACGACAUUGCCGAGCUGUGGAGCAACAUCGACGACGUGAUCGUCAAAACGGUGAUGAGCGCCUGGCCAAUGCUGAAGCACACGUACACUGCCAGCUUUCCCACGCACGACAUCAUCCAGGCGUGCUUCGAGGUGCUCGGGUUCGACAUCCUGAUCGAUCACAAGCUCAAACCGUACGUGCUGGAGGUGAACCAUUCGCCAUCGUUCCACACGGACGAGGCGAUCGACAAGGAGAUUAAGGAGGCCCUCAUCACGGACACGUUCAUCAUGCUCAACCUAAACGGGGAGGUGAAAAAGCGGGUACUGGAGGAGGACAAACGGCGCAUCCAGAACCGGCUGCUGCAACGGUUACGCGAUUAUUCCAAGCAGACGGUUAGCAAGGAUCAGCAGCAGCAGCAGCAGCAGCAACAGCAGGGCCAGCAGGGCCAGCAGGGAGGGCAGCAGCAGCAGGGUCAGCAGCAGCAGCAAGGGCGCGACGCGAACGAUCCGGACGACGAUGGGUACGGCGAGGAGGGGAUGGGCCCGUGGGCCGAACAGAUCAACUGGGAGGAGACGCAUCUGGGCGGGUAUCGGCGGAUCCUGCCCGCGCCCGGCGACCCCAACCGCUACCUGCAGUUCUUCAUCGCCCAGAGCCAGGCGUCGGUGUACAACGAGACGGCGGCCAGCAAGCGCCGGGAGGAGUGUGCCAAGCAGCAGCGCAUCGAGCUGGAGGAGCGCUUCCGCCUGAACCAGGCGAUCCUGCACAAGCACAAUCCGAAGCUGCAGAAGGGCGGCGGGCUGGGUGCGGGCGAGGAUGCGGCCGGCGGGAAUGGGGCGGGCGGUGGUGGUGCCGGCGGUAUCGGAGCGGGCAAGAAGAAGCUCCGCAAGCGCAAGGUCGCGAAGGUGGCGAAAAAGCACGACGAGUUCAUGCCGGACCAGAUCGCGGACUACGAGGAGCGGGAACGGAUGGCGCUGCUGGGGCAGCGCGAUUUUCUCAUACGCACCUGCGGGCUAGUGCAGAGCAUAUACAUCAACUUUCAUCGGAACAAGCUGCUCACGGAUUCGGACCGACGCAAGUAUAAGGAAACGUACGCGAAGCUGAUCACCAACGAGCAUCUGCCACAGUCCGAGUCGUCCCCACAGUCCAACCAUACGUUUUCGACCAUCCACAGUACCAGCACGGUGGCCGGUUCGACGUCAACCGGCGGUUACCAUGGCUACGGUGGAGUGACAGCCGGAAGCAACAGCAACACCACAACCUGCCUGCCCAGCCUUGGCACUGCACAGCAACAGCAGCAGCAGCAGCACUCGUCCGGCUCCUCCUCCUCCACGAACCAGCUGCAGAAGCUGCAGAUCAAAAGCUUGGUCGCCAUCAACGACGUCACCUCGUGGAUGCAGUGCACGGAGGUGCCGGUACAGAGCCGGCCACCGCUACCGUACCUGCUAGCGACGCAGCCGACCAACUACCGCAGCACCAAGUCGACGAUGGCCCGCCAGGUAACGAACGUGGUCAAGCGGCACAGCAUGGAAUCGCGCCAGUACUACACCUCGGACAAGCUCAUCUAGUAUUGACUCCGGCACGGCAACGAUGGGCCGUGCGAUAGCAUCAGCGCCGCCAACACUGCCGCCGCCGCCCGGGCGUCCCACUCAAAAGGGCUAUUGAACUGGCUGCAAAUCCACGAUGAUGCUGCCUACUUUCUGCUGUUUUGUCGUCCUUGGCGAAGCAGGGUGUAUCCGCUUUCAUUCGCUCCAAAAGCUACUUUAAUCUCAACCGAGCGCAGCACGCAAAUUGUGGACGCGAGGGACGCGAUGUGUUUGUUUAUGAGUGUUUGAUAUUUGUUUUUCGUAUUUUUGUUCUUUAAAG